AUGGACGGGCCCCCUGCGGCCUUGGGCAGCGGCGGCGGCAGCGCAGAGGAUUUGGAACUGAGAGCUGAGAACACAGAGGAAACUGCCAGAAAGAACAUUUCAGGAAAAGAAUCCUCCCAAGACUUGGAACCUAGGACUAAAAACAAAGAGGCAACUCCAAAGGAAAUCAUAAUAGGUGAAGAAUCAUCCUCAUUGGUGAAAGUUGAGAGACUCAAAGGGGCAGACUUUUGUAACUCUACGCUUGGGGAAUUUGGGGAAGGUGAGAACCUGGAAAAGCAGCAGCCAGUAAAGCAGGAAAGUGAGGUAAGAAUGAUUAAACGUCAGAAGAUUCCAACUGGAAAGAAAUUUUAUAAGUGUAAAGAAUGUGGCUUCAAUCAUGGCCCAGCCUUUGUUAAGCACAAGAAGAUUCACAUGGGAAAAAAGCCUUAUAAAUGUAAGGAAUAUGGUAAAGCCUUCCCUCGAUUUUCAAGGCUCACUCAACAUCAGAAGAUCCGUGCUAGAGGGAAGGUUUAUAAAUGUAAUGAAUGUGGGAAAACAUUUACUCAAAACUCAGUCCUUCUUCUACAUCAAAGGAUGCAUACUGGAGAGAAGCCAUAUAAGUGUGGUGAAUGUGGAAAAGCCUUCAUUUACAAUUCAAGCCUCAUUAAGCAUCAGAAGAUUCAUACUGGAGAGAAGCCUUAUAAAUGUAAUGAAUGUGGGAAAGCCUUCAGGCAGAGUUCAGAUUGUGUUAGGCACCAGAGGAUCCAUACUAAAGAGAAGCCUUAUAAAUGUAAUGAUUGCGGGAAAGCCUUCCCUAGUUUUUCAAAGCUCACUCAACAUCAGAAGAGCCAUACUAGAGUGAAGGUUUAUAAAUGUAACGAAUGUGGAAAAACAUUUACUCAAAAUUCUACCCUUCUUUUUCAUCAAAAGAUACAUACUGGAGAGAAGCCAUAUAAAUGUGAUGAAUGUGGGAAAGCUUUCAUUUACAAUUCAGGCCUCGUCAAGCAUAGGAAGAUUCAUACUGGAGAGAAGCCUUAUAAAUGUAAUGAAUGUGGGAAAGCCUUCAGGCAGAGUUCAGAUGUUGUUAGGCACCAGAGGAUCCAUACUGGAGAAAAACCUUAUAAAUGUAAUGAAUGUGGAAGAGCCUUUAGUCAGAGCUCAGAUGUUGUUAAGCACCAGAGGAUCCAUAGUGGAGAGAAGCCUUAUAAAUGUAAUGAAUGUGGGAAAGCCUUUAUUCGGGGCUCAAGUCUUACUGCACAUCAAAUGAUUCAUACUGGAGACAAGCCUUAUAAAUGUAAUGAAUGUGGGAAAGGCUUUCCUCAAUUCUCAAAGCUCACUAAACAUCAGAAGAUCCAUACUAGAGUGAAAGUUUAUAAAUGUAACGAAUGUGGGAAAACCUUUCCUCAACACACAAGCCUUGUUUUACAUCAACAGAUUCAUAAGAGAGAGAAGCCUUAUAAAUGUAAUGAAUGUGGGAAAGCUUUUUCUCAGAGGUCCCACCUAACCCAACAUUUGAAUACACAUACUGGAGAGAAGCCUCAUAAAUGUAAAGAAUGCGGGAAAGGCUUCAGUCAUGGCUCAAACCUUAUUAAGCACCGAAGGAUUCAUACUGGAGGGAAACCAUAUAAAUGUAAUGAAUGUGGGAAAGCCUUCAGUCAGAGUUCAGCCCUUGUUAAGCACCAGAGGAUCCAUACUGGAGAGAAGCCUUAUACAUGUAAUGAAUGUGGGAAAGCCUUUAGGCAGAGCUCAAAUCUUAUUUCACAUCAAAUGAUUCAUACUGGAGAGAAGCCUUAUAAAUGUAAUGAGUGUGGGAAAAGCUUCAGUCACAUCUCAGACCUUGUUAGGCACCAAAGGAUCCAUACUGGAGAGAAGCCUUAUAAAUGUAAUGAAUGUGGGAAAGCCUUUAGUCAGAGCUCAGUUCUUGUUAAGCAUCAGAGGAUCCACAGUGGAGAGAAGCCUUAUAAAUGUAACGAAUGUGGGAAAGCCUUUAUUCUGAGCUCAAGUCUUAUUGCCCAUCAGAUGAUCCAUACUGGAGAGAAGCCUUACAAAUGUAGUGAAUGUGGGAGAGGUUUCAUUGAGAGUUCAGCUCUUAUUGUACAUCAGAGGAUUCACACUGGAGAAAAGCCUUAUACAUGUAAUGAGUGUGGGAAAGCCUUCACUCGGAGCUUAAACUUGAUUGUACAUCAGAUGAUUCAUACUGGAGAGAAGCCAUAUACAUGUAAUGAAUGUGGGAAAACCUUCAGUCAUGGCUCAGGCCUUGUUAAGCACCAGAGGAUUCAUACUGGAGAGAAUCCUUAUAAAUGUAAGGAAUGUGGGAAAGCCUUUAAACAGAGCUCAAACCUUAUUCGACAUCAGAAGAUUCAUACUGGAGAGAAGCCUUAUAAAUGUAAGGAAUGUGAGAAAGCCUUCACUCAGCGAUUCCACUUAAAAAAACAUCUGAAUACACAUACUGGAGAGAAGCCUUAUAAAUGUAAGGAAUGUGGGAAAGGCUUCAAUCAUGAUUCAAACCUUAUUAAGCAUCGAAAGACCCAUUCUGGAGGGAAACCAUAUAAAUGUAAUGAAUGUGGGAAAGCAUUCAAAAAGUUUUCAGGUGUUUUCCAGCAUCAGCGUAUUCAUACUAAAGAAAAGUCUUAUAAAUGUAAGGUAUGUGGGAAAGCAUUUACUCAGAACUCAGUACUUAUUAGCCAUCAGAAGACUCAUUCUGAAGAAACACAUUAGCAGCAUACUGAAAUCCUUUAUUCCAAGAUCCUAAUGUAUUUCCAAGGACGCAUACUGGAGAAAAGAAUUUUGAAUGUAAUCAAUGCAGGAAACCUUUAGUUAGUGUUCCCAACUUAAUGAACACCAGAUGAUUCAUACUUCACAGAACUCUUAGAAAGAAAUGAAAGUGGUAAAGUCUUCAUUCAUGGUUCCAGACCUUGUUAAAGACUGUAUGAUUUGUACUGCUGCAAAGCCUUAUAGUUAUAAUGACUAUAGGACCUGUUCUGUAUCAUUUCCUAUCAAAGAAUUCAUACUGGAGAAUAGCCUUAUAAGAGCCAAGAACCAGAGAUAACAUUGAAUAGCUCCUCACACUUUGUUCACCAUCUAGUUAAUACUGAAAAAAAAAACAACCCAGUGAUGAGAGCUAAUAUUUCUCUGUGGCCUUUAGGGUUGACAGAAAGCUUUCCGUAGCUAGCUUAUCUCAUUUGAUCCUUACAACAACCUUGUAAGGUAGGUAGGUGCUAGUAUUAUUGCCAGUUUCCAGAUGGGGAAGUUAAGUGACUUGCCUACAGUCGCAUAGCAAGUAUAUGAGGCCAGAUUUAGCACUCCAUCCAUUGGGCCACAUUUUAAAUACAAUGAAUAUAGGAGAGUCUUGUGUGGCAGGUCAAUCCUAUCCUGUAAAUUACCAUGAAUGAACAAAUGACAAAUAUAUUAAGAGCUCAUGGGGCUCAGGGUUGGCACCUUGCCAUUUCCCACCUGUCUGUAGGGCUUCAUCAUGUUCCCACCAGUACCUUCCCACAUUUCAGCUUCUUUGUGUAGUUUGUCUUCCCUCAUUAGAUUGUGAGCUCCUUGAGGCAGGGACUUUUUUUUCGACCUUUCUUUGUGUCCUCAAUGCUUAGCACGAUGCCUGGCUUAUAUUAGCUGCUUAAUAAAUGUUUAUUAAUAUGGCUUAGUUCCCCGUGGAUCCCCAAACGUAAAUUGUCCCAAACAGGUCAUUGAGCACAAUUUUAAAAUACAAUCUCAACAUAUUAGCGUCUUGGCAAUGAGAAAUGUGGUGCAGUGUUUACCUGGUGGCCCUUGAGAUCACUGUCAGUCCCCCAAAUAAAACAUAAUGUCAAGUUAAUACACAAGACUUUACCUAUGUAUGGAGUUGCUGAAUGAAUCACUUAUAGAAGAUCUGCCUGUUAACCCAACUCAUUUGCUUAUCUAUAGCAUGGAAAAGAUAUUUAACAAGGCUGUAUUCUUUGAGUAUACCACGUUGAUGUGGCAAUUUACUUCUUCAUCUCCAUAGAGAGGUGGCUCACUCUAAGUGAAUAAUGUCAUCUAGUAGGUCUAUAUCUCAAAGAAAUAAAAGAAAAAGAAAGGAGACUUUGAUGUGCCAACUUGUUUUUAUUAGCUCUGUUUAUUGUGGGACAAAUUAGAGACUAAAAGUGUCUUCCUUCCUGUUGGAGAAAGCAAUAUUGUUAUGCCAUGAGAAAUGAUGAAGUGGAAUCUUUUAAAGGAAACUGGGAAGACUUAUAAGACUGAUGCAGAAGAAAUUAAAUGGAGCUUGGAGAACGAUUUCUAUAAUGAUAGCAUCAUUUAGAAAAACAACUUAGACAGACUUUCAAACUGAUGGCUGCAGUAAUCAAUCACCAGUCCAGAAGAGAGAGAGGAAAUACACCAUUCAGCUCUUGGCAGAGAGGUGGUGAUGAACUUAUGAUUUAGAAAAAGACAUGUUUUGUUUUGGGAUGUGGCCAAUGUGUGUAUUAAUUUUACCCAUGUACUCAGCUGUCUGUGGAGGACUUUAUUUUCUGUAUUGUAUUCAAUUUGCUUGACUGGAUUGGGGAAAAAAAUAGAGGUAGUGGGAAGGAUAAAUUAAUUUUUUUAAGGAAGUAAUAAAAAACAAUAGGUGUUUGUGCUCUAAUAUGCGACAUUUAUUUCAAUACAAUUUAUUAUUGUACAGUGGUAUUGCUCUGAAUUAAAUUCAGGUAAUGAACCACACUGCCAAAGAGGGCAUUCUUUAUCUUGUUAUUUUAAAAAAAAUGUAUUUCAGUGUACUGUCAUUUAAUGGGGUAGCACUGAUAAUGGUAUGAAUUGGAAAGGUUUAUUGAAAAAAGUGAAAUGCAAAAGCAUUUUAAGUGGACAAUAUUUGUAUUUUGAAAUCAUUGUAUUUGCAAGAUAUAUA